AUGGCUGGUCUGUCCUUUGAAAACUAUCAGAGAAACAACUUCUUGUCGUCUACGUCAAACAAACAGCCGAAGGCGACUUCUACGGGUACCACAAUUGUUGGCGUAAAGUAUAAUAAUGGUGUAGUCAUUGCUGCAGAUACAAGAUCAACACAAGGUCCUAUUGUCGCCGACAAGAAUUGUGCCAAGCUCCAUCGUAUUGCACCACGUAUUUGGUGUGCUGGUGCGGGUACGGCUGCAGAUACCGAGGCUGUUACACAACUGAUUGGAUCUAAUCUGGAAUUGCAUUCAUUAUACGCUGGAAGGGAACCAAGGGUAGUUUCAGCAUUGCAGAUGUUGAAACAGCAUCUUUUCAAAUACCAAGGACACAUUGGGGCCUACCUUAUUGUUGCUGGUAUCGAUCCAACGGGGGCACACCUUUUCUCUAUUCAUGCACAUGGUUCAACAGAUGUGGGAUUCUAUCAGAGUUUGGGUUCAGGCUCUUUAGCGGCCAUGGCAGUCCUAGAGUCCAACUGGAGGCAAGACCUUUCAAAAGAUGAAGCUAUAAAAUUAGCAUCUGAUGCCAUCCAAGCUGGUAUAUGGAACGAUUUGGGAUCAGGUUCAAAUGUGGAUGUAUGUGUGAUGGAAAUUGGCAAAGACGCAGAAUACCUGAGAAACUAUUUGACACCGAAUGUGAGAGAAGCAAAACAACAAAGUUACAGAUUUGCUAGAGGUACAACUGCGGUACUCAAAGAGAGUAUCGUGAAAGUAUGCGAAGUUGAAGAAGAAACGGUCGAUAUCGUUGGAUAG